GUAGUUGUGGUAGGAUGUGCGCAUGUACCUUGUUACAGAAGUUAUGGAGUAAACGGAGAGUUUUGCAGAGCAUAAAAAAAGAUACAGCGCAGCAGUCCCAGAAUUUGGUCACAGAAAAUAGCUACUUUGCUUGCUUAGGAGUUUGCAACGCCGUGUGAGACAUAAAUAAAUCCUGAACGACAUGGGCAUUACGCAGAGCGUCAUUGUUGCGUCGCUCUCUGUGUGUUGUGUGUAUUUAGGCUACUUAUACGUGUACCGUCAUCACAAGCUGCUACAUAAAACUGCGCUGAAUAGCGACAAACUUCCAAGUUUUGUGUACCUUUACAUCAAAUACCUGAGCAGAGCGGUCACGAGGAGGACAGGUCACCUGUACGCAGCGCGCGCCGCUGGAGCACCUGCUGUUAUUGCGGCCAUUAACUGCAGGUUGGAUGCUUCCUUGCUGAGGAGAUUCUGCGGCGCAGCGGGAUAUGGUUGGGACUACCCGGACACUGAUUACAGAGACAUCCCGCUGUGUUUCCCGGAGGUUCUCGGCUCCAGACUUGUGCUCAUGUUGUUAACUGACCCCGACUUUAGGCUCUGCCCAACAGGUUUAGUGCGUGUGCGACAGACUUUGAAAACCCUUCAGCCAAUCGAUGAGCUGAAGAAGGGUCCGUUCAUGCUGCAGGUCGCAGUCCAAGGAUAUCAGCAGACGGAUGCAGGGGUGGAGGUGGACGUCUGUUUGUCUGCCACGUCCCGAUCCGGAUGUCCUGUGUGGGAGAGCGUCCUUACACUGCUGUCCAAAAACAGGGUCCACAAAGCCAGCAGAGACGUACUGAGGAACAAAGAGGAGCAACCAGAUGAUGAAGCAAAUAUCAAGCAGGUGGAGGUCAGAGUUCCCAGGACUACUGGCCUGCAGUGUGCGUGGCCCUUCACUGACUACUCCCCUCAUCGCCUCCUCUCUCUGCCUGCCAUGUUCUGCGGCCUAAAGUCUCCGACAGUGGCGGCUUUCUGGAUGCUGUCGGUCUGCUUGGCUGAAAUAGAGAAGCACAAAGGCGUUGAAACCAUCACAGCUCCCGUCAGCGUCACAGCCCACUUUAAGGAGACUCAGCCUGCGUCGGGAAAAAUGACCAUCAGGUUCUGGGAGACCAGCAGAAAGUUGGGUCAGUCCGCUGAUAAAGACCUGAGUUUCCAGGUGCAGCUGCAAGGACAAAGCGCCGCUCACAUGGUGGGACUGAUUUCUAGGGCUUGAUUUCUCUAGAUGAUCAAUAUUUCUAUGGAUCUGUCCAGACACUGUGGAAAGCUUACAUUUUAAUGUAUUAGGUUGGUUCAAGACUUUGUAUUUUCACAUGGUUGUGUAGGACCUUUGAGCCUCCUUUCUUUAAAUUCUUCAAAUUCUUUGAAGCUUACAGACUCUUGCACUGUUCAGCUCUUGAGGUCCCAUUACAGCGUUUCAAUCAGGUUUAUCGGGCCAUGCCAGCUCAGUCUGGUCCUUUUUCACAUAUUCUGUUAUAGUGUCACAUUUCCCUUCGUUUAUAGAUGAGACUGUUUUUUAAGCUUGUCUCGAGCAGGUUUGCGCAUCCAGACUGUAUUUUUGUUGUCAGUUACAGGCAGAUGAUGUGGAGACAAUCUCUAAACAAAGAUUUUCAAGCACAUAUUUUCUGGUUUUCUUUGACUAGGCCGGGGGUCUGCAACCUGUGGCUCAGGAACCACAAGUGGUUCUUCAGUCCCCCCACUGUGGCUCUUAAUAACUUUUGCCAAAUAUGAUUAGGAUUGAGCAAUGUUUUAAAAUCUAUAGAUAAUAAAUGAAUGCUGUUUCUUUUACACCAAUAAUGUAAGGAAUAUUAUUUGUAGGGUAAAUUUUUUUUCUGGUUGGUCUUCUGGUUGAUAUUACAUGUGUUUUUGGUGUCGUUUCUAUGAACAAAAAAUUAAUGUUGCAUUAAAGAAAAUUUAUUAA